AUGACCCUGAAAUUAUAUGAGAGCAUAUAAAUACGAAUGCGAUAUAAUUGUGUCUCAGUUAAGAUAAGCGGUUUGAAGAAUACUGUGCGUUUGUGUUGUACCAAAAUGAAACUGUUAUUUUUUGUUUUUCUGAUGUUUGGGAUCUUCGCCUUAAACGACGCUAGAGAUUCCAAAUGCUUGCAACCUGCUGAGCCUGGAAUUUGUCGAGCUGAGAUUCCAAGAUUCUACUUCAACAGUGAGACUGAAAAAUGCGAACAAUUCUUCUACGGCGGCUGUAUGGGUAACAGUAACCGCUUCAAGACUAUAGAAGAGUGCAAAUCCGCUUGUCAAUAAAUAUAACAGAUCUAACAUU